AUGACCGUCUCAUUCCUCUCCGUGUUUCGCUGCACGAGACGUCGCAAACGCCCGGAUUCAUCACAGUCCUCAUCCUCAUCAACAUCCAAACAGCCCUCAUCCAAGACGCCUGCCAUGGAUCUGUCAUCUCUGGAGGGGCCCCCAAUGCUCGACCCGCGGUACAUCGUCCCGCCCGCCGAGGAAACAUCUCGCGUGCCCUAUCACCCCCCAUCACCAUCACCAUCACCGUCAUCAUCAUCAUUCGCACAAGCCAACCAAAAUCUUCGCCCAUACCCCAAACCACUGCCGCCCCAGCCUGCCAGAACAAGGUCCAUUUCCCAGCGCCACCCCGCCCAUCGCCAUGCCUCCCGGCCUAGCAACGGCUCCUCGGAUCUCUCGCGAAGAGGCGGUGCCCUGCAGCGAACACCUGCUCAACGAGGGCGCAGGAGUCUCUCGGAGGAGUUGCAGUUUGGCGAGCUCCCUGCCGCACAAGAGCAGGGGCAGCACCAGCAAAGAGAGCAUGCCCCGUUAGAGACUCCCAUAUCUCCCUGCUCCACGCUCCCCUUCUCACCCUGCACCACGCUUCCCUUCUCGCCCUGCUCUCCGCAAAACACCGCGGCCCGCCGCGUGAGCACUGCCAGCUCGCUUGUUUGGCUCGACAACGAGGAGCGCUGGAUGGUUGCCGCCGACUCGGCGCCCCUGUCACGUCGCCAGACCCGCGACAGCCACCAGCUGCCUCUGUGUCUGCCCACGCUGUCAGAUCAUCGGUUGCUGGAACGCUCGGACGAUGAUCUCGAGCGCGAGGAACAUCCUCCAACUUAUGAAAGCCAUGAGUUCAGUCCCACGCAUGUCUUCCGGUUGAAUAAUGAUGUCUGGGGCUGGUCGGCGAUGGCUCGGCGGGUGCGACAGUUGUCGACUGGGGGGUGA